UGACUUUAAAUCCCUUCUCACCCUCUGCGAGUACAAACAAGUCUGGAACGUGAAUAAGGCAGCGGCGUCACUUGUGUGUGAGGCACUGGCACAUACCCCGGCACUCACUUUCUUUCUUUUCUCUUGCCUUUAAGUAUUAUUACCUUUUUUUUUUUUUAGGCUGCUGAAGAGCAGACUGGGACUGAGAAAAUUCCUCCAGACCGUCCUACUGUCAUUGCAUUCACUGUCUGAAUUCUGCUCACCCUGUGGGACUGCACUUGUGUCAGUGUAAUGCUUCUCUAUAGCUGAUGCCUCUGCUCUACUCACUGGCCACACACAUUGCAAGGGUCCACUAGCCUGUUGCACUGACAGCCACCAUGAAUAUCUCCUUGCCCAAUUCCUCCCUGUGUAAUUCCACUGGCAAUGAGACGUGCAUCAUCAACCCCUUCCUUCAGCCUGCCUGGCAAAUAGCCCUGUGGUCCAUAGCCUACUCCAUCAUUGUGGUCGUGUCUGUGGUUGGGAACAUCAUUGUCAUGUGGAUCAUUUUAGCUCACAAGCGAAUGAGGACCGUCACCAACUACUUCCUGGUGAACUUGGCUUUCGCCGAAGCGUCCAUGUCCGCUUUCAAUACGGUCAUCAAUUUCACCUACGCCAUCCACAACCAUUGGUACUAUGGACUCAUAUACUGCAAGUUCCACAACUUCUUUCCCAUAUCUGCUGUAUUCUCCAGCAUUUACUCCAUGACAGCAAUAGCCCUGGACAGGUAUAUGGCCAUCAUCCAUCCACUCAAGCCUAGGUUGUCGGCCACCGCCACUAGGAUAAUCAUUGCUGUCAUCUGGGGUUUUGCCUUUGCAUUAGCCUUUCCUCAGGGAUACUUCGCCACUGUCGAGCCUACGCCGGAUAGAGUUGUUUGCUAUAUGGAAUGGCCGGAAUCUGACGACAGGAAGUAUGAGAAAGUGUAUCAAGUGUUAGUAUUUGGUCUCAUCUACUUCCUGCCGCUAGUGGUGAUUGGUUGCUCCUACACAUUUAUUGGCAUGACCCUGUGGGCGAGUGAGAUUCCUGGGGACUCCUCAGACCGAUAUCACGAGCAAGUGGUGGCCAAGCGCAAGGUUGUGAAAAUGAUGAUCGUUGUAGUUUGCACAUUUGCAAUUUGUUGGCUGCCGUAUCACAUCUACUUCCUGCUCCAGCUCUUCUUACCCGAUGAGAGCCAGAAAUUCUACCAGCAACUCUAUUUGGGGAUUAUGUGGCUUGGGAUGAGCUCUACCAUGUACAACCCCAUCAUCUACUGUUGUCUGAAUGACAGGUUCCGCAUUGGUUUUAAGCACGUAUUUCGCUGGUGCCCAUUUAUACACGCUGGUGAGUAUGAAGGUCUGGAAAUGAAAUCCACACGCUAUCUUCAAACCCAGAGCAGCAUGUACAAAAUCAGUCGUAUCGAAACCACCGUCUCGUCAGUCCUAAGUGCCAAUGAUGAAGAUGCUGAGGAGACCAUGAAGAGCAGUAAACGUCUGUCUUUGGAUCUUACCUCCAAUGGUUCCUCACGCAGUGUUUGUAAGACUAUGUCUGACUCAUCCAGCUUUUACUCCAAUAAUCUUUCAUAAACGAGACACCAUCCAUCCAUGGUUUUGGGUGUCCUGUCUGUGGUUUCAAAUGCCGCAAGUUCCCUGAAGCACGGUGCGCAGCUCUGAUCAGUUUCCACCUUCUUCAGGCUGAAAGUGAACGAGAGCUUGUUUACUAUUCCAGAGUCCUUACUCUUACCUUUAUCAAUUCCAUCAGGGAGAUCUUGUUUACAAUCCAAUGGCAUUUAGUCAAGUGGUAGAAGACAUUACUACCUAUAAAGAAUGUUUCCACUAAGUCACAUUAGUGUCCAUUUAACUCUAAAAAAAAUGUUCUCCUCCUCUAUACCCCAUACACAGCUACCCUGAUAUUUACAUAUUUUCAAGAUUUUAAGCUCAGAGAUUUUGCUUAAUUACACUUUACACAUCCCUCGUCAGAUGCUUGGCCACCAAAUGAUGGUCAAUUAAAAAAAAAAAAGAAUUUUAAUGGUACUCAAAAUAUGCUAGCUAGGGGAGGUACACUUUCACUUCGAACAUUUUUAAAGUUUUUUUUUUUUUUUUAAAUAUCUUCAGUAAGAUAUUUAUUCAAUUUUAAAAUUAUUGUUUUUUGGUACAAAGUUCUUGCCUGCCAAGAGUUGAGUUAUUUACAUGAUACAUUUUUAUGGACAUUCUGUAUAUAUCUGUGUUAUUAAUUAAGUGAGGUUGGUUUACGGAGAGUAACUUGACAUAUAUAUUGUGAUGGGAUGUAUCGAAUUCCUCAUUUCUGCCUUAUUAUUUCACUAAAAUACUUUCAAGCACAGUUCGAUUUUGUUUUUUAAAUAAGAAAUGAGACUUGUUAUUGACUACUUAACCGCCUCGCUAUGAUUGUUUCUGUAGUUUUUUGCUGUACAAAACUACUGUGAAGGUGCCAGUGUUUAGACAAAUAUAACACAGACAAAUAAUAUAAAUAUAUAUAUAUAUAUAUUUUCCUGUAAAGGAAGCAGAGAAUUCUUGAAUUGUAUUCCUGAUAUAGUUAAUGUCCUUCUAUUUCAGAGCUGUCCAGCUCCAGGCCUCAGGGGCUUCAAUGGGGCAGGUAUUAGACAGUCUAAUUUAAAAUAAUAGGUACAAGCUUGGCCAUGUCAAAGCUUUACGGAGUCCAUGGCCUCAUUAAAAUAAACUGCCUUGGAAAUACCACUCUUUAGUAGACGGCAGCCUUUUCCCAUAAACCAGGAGUGUGAAAAACCAUGACUUUUGUGAGGUAUGCACUGACCCAUUUAGCACUGGUGAGUCCAACAAAUGUCUAAAUCACUAGUGACCUCAUUUGCACUUAAGCAGGGAUUUAUAUAUAGAUAUAUAGAUAUAACUCCUGGCCUGUUAAUGCCUUUGAAGCCUAUAGUUGGACAUCCUCCUCUAACUUAUAUUGUUUAUAUACCUAAAAGUAUUAUUAUUUUUUAUCAGGGAAAUGAUUUACUGCUUAUCCUCAGAGUGUGUGAUUAGCCUAAGCAUUUACGAACCUUCUUUACAUAACGAAGAUGUACUUAAAGCUAUAACAUUUCUAUGGAAUUAUAAACAGGGUCUUUACUACUAUGAAUGUGAAAAGUAAAAAGUGUGCUUACAAUGUAAUAAUAGUGUUUAUUUUUUAAUAUUCCAGGGCUGCCAUAUGUAUUCCUUACCAAAUGUUUAAAUAGACUAAAAACCAGCAGGUGCUCUCAUAGACUCAUUACAAGUUAUACAGUUGGUAUGCCUGCAAUAUCAGGCAAUGAAUAUGUGGAAAUGUAUAUUUCCUAGAAAUAUAUGUUGUUUAAAUACACAACAAAGCCAUAAUUUGGACACACCUAAUGUGCUGUAUAAAGAGUUGUGUGUUGGAUCACAAGUAAAGACACCACUAUCCUCCCUCCUAUUCAGACGCAAUCUACCAGCUCCACCCAGUGCCUUCUAGAUUUAAAAGGGAAAACUCCAGAGCAGGGUAUCUUGGAAGUACAGCAUCUGUGCAAGGGUGCAGAUCUGCACAUUCACACACACAGGUUGAGAUCUUCACUUUCGAGGAGCUUCUACAUCGCUUACAAUUGGACUUGGUCAAGGGAUCUACAACAGCUGGGUUGUUAAAUGUAGCCCCAGUCUGUGAUCUAGCUCCACAUUUAUUUACAAAUACACAUUUUAUAUUUCUAGUAAAAGAUAAUGCAGGUGAAACUGAUGCAAUAUUUUUAAGGGGUUAUUUAUUAAAACUCGAAUUACGCUGGUCGGAUUUUUAAGGGCCAGAGCAAACACUGCUAUUUCGGGAGAUUAGUCUCCCAGCGACAAAUCUCUUCUUCUUCAGGCAACUAAUCUCCCCAAAGUGCCUUCCUGCUGGCUAGAAUGUAAAUUGCCAGCGGGAUGACAGUCGGAACGCUUCGGCUUUCUGAAGUUGCCCGAAGUUUCGGCUUUCCGAAGUUGCCCGCGAUUUUGAUUCUAGCUGGCGGGUAGGCUUUUAAGGGAAAUUAGAUUCCCGAAGAAGAAGCGAUUUGUUGCCGGCCGACUAAUCUCCCUGAAUGUUCGCGUGUGUCUCUGCCCUAAAGUGGACAGUUUUUCCACUAUUUUAUCGAGACUUUUCCCAAACCACAUUUUUCUAGUUAUUUUAUUAAUAAAUGAGGUAAAAUCGUGUUUGGGACUUUGGGCUAGUUUGUUUUAUUGAAAUUAUGAGAAAAAAAUUGAGUUUUAGUAAAUAACCCCCUUAAUGUUGGGUCAAACAUUGGGGCAUUCCAAAUCUUUUUCCUAUAUUUUGGCCAAGAAAGAGCAGCUUCUAUUAUUGGAAGGAGGAAACCAAAAAUAGGAGGGGAAUUAAUUGAAUUUAUAAAAAAAAUUAAAUUCUGUGCAUGUGUUAACAAGAAUCAUAAUUAUGCCACAGUUAAAAGUUUUAUAUGUAAAUAAUUUGGAUUACAUUUAAUUUACUAGGAAAAAAAAAUUCAGAAAAGCCUUAAAAGGAAAGUUACAUUUCUGGCCAUGUUGUGGAAGAAACAUUAGUUAAGUCAAUAAGCAUUUACCUUCAGAUAUAUAAUACACCACCAAUCAUAGCUAUACACAGACUCUCUUGAUUUGCCAUUCAUAGCGCCCAACCAUGUCACACAGAUUCUAUUUGAUAAGGAUCAGUGUUGGCAGUAAGAAUAGCCAAACUGGAUUCUCGAACCCUUACUUUGCGGUCGUAAUUCCCUAUUCAAACAUAAAAUUCUAACAAAUGGCAGUCCUGUAAUAUAUCAACUUAGUUGCGCUCCUCAAAUUCUUUUUGGAGAAAUAGCAGCAUCUAAAAAUGUUAUGUAUAUUUUGUGAAUACAUUUAUCCAUCACUACUGCAAGCCAAUCAGAAAGCUCCAUGAUGGAGAUCUCCCAUUCUGAAGGAUACAUUCAUGAUAUAAUGGAGUAAACUGAUUGUUUCUUUAGUAUUAUUUUUUCUCCAUAUUUUUAGUGUUGAUCAAUAUGUUUGCUAUGGUCUAGCACCCUGGCUUUCAUGCACUCCACCAUCUCGAUAAUCACAGUGUAAUUGUUUAGCUUUGUGAUGUGCUCAUUGAGCUGUGAUGUAGCUGUAUAUCACAUAUGACUGUUUAACUAUGUAAAUGUUUUCACUCUUAAAACAAAAGCAGUAUUUUCACAAAUAAAUGUCUUGUUUCAUCAA